AUCCAACCCAAGAUCUGUUGGAGGUACGCACAAUCGCGCCAUGAGGCACAUGCUGUCGUCCGAUUGCUGAGGAGCACGUGACAUUUCCUAUCACAUCUAUUACUUCGGACUCGUCCGUGUCCAGACAUUGUAUCUACGGACUAGACCUCCAUAGCCGCACCGAGCUUGCGAUGGUGUUAUAUUGGUCAGAGAACAUUGGCAUAAAUGGACAAAAGUUGGCCGCAGUGCGGUUCCCAAAGCCUGUUGUCGCCACCUCCAUCCGCAUUGUCCCUGAUGGGAUCGCGCCAUUUGCAUCUCUUCCAUCCAUUGUUGGCCAGACGCAGCCGAGCGCGUUUUCCUUGCGCAUUUACUUCAAUGUGCAGCAGUCACAAUCAUCUGACAAACAGAGGCCAUCCAACACUUUGAUUCCAAUUGACGUCGUUUACGAUGGGAACUUAAUAGAAUUGCCCUUGGAUAAGGAAGGAAUCACCACCCGGUUAGUCAUUUUUGAAGGCGGCUUCGACAGGUUAAGUGUUGUUAUUUAUGGCAUCCAUGCCACCGAGUCACUCGAACUUCCUAAACAUCUCCAGGCCACUAUUCCGACAUAUCAUCCUUCAGUAUUGCUUCACUCUAGCAUCCCAGAGCUGCCAUUAUAUGCUCGGGUUACUGAUGCAGACAAACCUUCCAGUCUGGUAGAACGAUUGAUAGCAGAGUAUCAUGACAAAUGCUCCCUUGACCUUAUAUUGAGACAGCUCACGUCGGCUGCCACCGAGCUGCACUUACAAGCCAACGGGAAUGGCCUCCACAAUGGAGGACCAAGCAAAUUAGCAGACUGCGUCACCUCUGAAGUAUCAGACAUUAAGUGGCUUGAUAUGGCUGUUGAUGUGUCAGGCUCACCUACCCUCGCCCAUGUGCCAGCAGAGGUGGAUAAGUUUUUGGCUCGAAUUGGUGCAAGUUUCGACAACCAGAUUAUGUUCUCCUUCAUUUUCUUCAAUCCAGCCUUCUGCAUAACUUUCUUUCUUCUCCUGUUCCCCAACCAUUGCCCUUGCAGUUGCUUUUGGAUGCCGUGGCAAAUCCCCACGUGGCACAGAGUAUGCGGGAGGAGAACGCUUUCUAUUUGAAUCAAAUUGACGCCAAUCCGGCCUUAUCACCUCAGGUGCAUGAAAUAGCAGCACGCAUCCGAAUGCGAUCUGACGGUUGGGCACUCUAC